AUGGCAAGCCCUCCUGUUCCGAUUUUACCAGCCGUGAAUACAUACGAGAGUCAGCCGCGACGGUCUAUACCUCUGUCGCUGCCGCCGCCACCACCGCCACAUCAUCACUCCCCAGUGACAUCUACCCCCGGCAGCGGCACCAGGCCAGAUUCACAUAGUGGUCAACGUAAUGUCGGGGCUUCAGUGUGUUCAAACAGUCCUUCUGCUGUUGACUCCAUGACAGCGGUCAUCGACGAGGGGACGAGUACUGAAGAGUUCUUUGGGAAGAGCAGUGCAGGCUCUUUCACCGCUCAGAUCAAAAAAGCCAUCGACGUGAAGCUAGGGAAGUCUACAAGCUCAAGUGACAAUGCGUCAAAUAUAUCUCGGUCGGCUGGGGUCAUGGGCCCUGCCUCAGUCGCAUCACCAGACUUCUCAUACGUUCUACCCCCACGGAGGCAGGCUGAUCAUCUUAUAGAGCUGUACUGGUUCUACGUUGAUCCGCUGUAUCCGUUCUUGGACAGGAACCGAUGGACUCGUGCUUAUAAUGCAAUAUUCUCCGGAACGGCCAUGGACUUGAAUGAGCGAGUCUUCGUCGCUACGCUGAACGUCAUCUUGGCCCUAUCCACCCAACUCGUCGAAUCGCAUUCGUUAGAACAGCGAGAACAGUCGAGUGACACAUACUUUCAGAGGGCACAGGAGUUAUUGCCAAUGAGCCCCUGGGAACCCGGGUCUCUCGAAUUGGUGCAGUGUUUACUGGUAACGAGCCAGUAUCUUCAGAGCACAUAUAAUCCUCAUCAGACAUGGAUGGUUAUUGGCUCUGCCAUCAGGAUGGCCCAGGGAUUGGGACUUCACCUGCCCGAGACCUCAGCGAAUCGUUCGGACCCUGGCGAGCGAGAGUUGUUGCGCAGGAUAUGGUAUGGUUGUGUUCUAAUGGAUCGCAUGGUAUCUGUGACCCAUGGCCGCCCUGCCAUGAUCUCCCAGCAUCCUGCAAAAGACGUGCCACAUCCAGCGGAAGCUUCAAACGCCCAGAACGGAAUGCAAGGUUUGGAAUAUUACAGCUUCUUUGUGAGAUCAGUGCGACUUUACGAGAUUAUCCACAAGACCAUGAUCGCAUUCUAUGACGGCUCACAGGGAAAUCGUACGAAGGAGAAGGAAUCACAUUUUGACCUUGAAGGUGUAGAUGGCGAGGACGAAGACCUUGACAGAGUGGUCCAACUGGAUCGCUGUAUCAGCAGAUGGCAGUCAAAGCUACCAGAUCAUAUCAGGUGGGAGUUGCUGGAGUCAAAUAAGGAUGAAAUUGCGCGUCGCCAGGCUGUAAUUCUUCGGAUGAGAUUCCUCCAUGCACGUAUCUUGCUACUGCGGCCAGUCCUUUCCAGAUUCUGCCUCACACAAUCUCCCCAGGACAAAAAGCCCAUGGACGAUAAUCUCCAAGCUCGUGUCGUUCAACAAGGCGCAAUGUUCUGCGUCACGACAGCUCAGAAUAUGAUCAACACUCUGGUAAAGCACCAAACACAAGAUGGCACCGUUGGUCUGCUUCCGGCCUGGUGGUAUCGAGUAUACUACAUCUACUCCGCUGCUACAGUCUUGAUAGCCGCCAAACUUCGACCAGAUGUCUUCUCGGCCGUGGAAAUCGGGAGAUCUUGGGGCCAAGCUAUUUCAGUACUCAAGGCUCACGAGCAAUUUGGCCAGUCUCCUCGCCGGUGCGUUGCAGCGCUACAUAUUCUUUCUUCAAAGAUCUUGCAAGCAACGCCUCGUGGUUCACCGGGACGUGAAACGACGAACACUAACAGACUCGGCGAAGGGAACAACCCAGGCCUCCCUCAGCAACCGAUGCCGAACAUGCAAGUUCCGGAUCUUGUUCAGCGACUUGCCGAGGAGUUUCAAACCCCAAUACCGGACUUUAAUCCCCAAGAGCUUGCAGCGUUCAACUUGGAUGUAAAUGAUAUGUCAUGGCUGAACGAUGUUCAAGGAGUUUGGGAGCUUUUAAACGAAUAA